CGCCAUUAGCAUGGCCUUCCUCGCUGGGCUAAUAAGUAAGCUCGUUCGCUCUCUUCUCACCUCCAUCUCGAACAACGCAAGUGCGCGCGGACGAUAUCAUGAGUCGACUGGUCCCACCUCGCGAUGUAUGCAAGGUCAACUAUGACCUGCCUCGUGUCUUCCUACCCCAGGAGGUCAUUCCUACCGGCGACGAAUCCGUCAGCGAGAUCGUGCAGAAAUCCGCCAAGUGGCGGCGCAUUGUCGACUCUGGCGCCUCUCUCGCCGUCGCGUUUGGCAUGCUCGAGGUGGGAGGAGAGAUCAACUUCGAGCUAGAGGCCAUGAAAACCUUCAGCCUCGAGCAACGCGAGUUCUACGUGCUGUGGAAGAAAAACCGAAGACUUCCGGAGGCGAAUUGGGAGGAGGAUCGGACGCCACGCGAAAAGUGCCUCUCGCACGACGGACCGCUACAGGUGCACGUCCGUGCGCUGCGUAUCAUAUACGAGAACAACGACAUCGACAUGGAGAACGCGGUCUUCUGGAUCCAAAAGCAUCCUUGCCUUAUACCGCUCCUCAAGGCCGUCGACAAGGUCCACCGCAACGUGUUGAACGCGAAGACGCAUGCGGGCCAGUAUGACCCUCGCGCAUUGCAGGAGAUGUUGGCGGCGAGGAAGGCGAACAAGGUCGCCUGUACGAUCUUGAACAGGUACCAGCGAGCGACGAAGUGCGGGUCGACGUCGGUGACGAAGGCGUUGCACGCGAACCUUGUGGGCGUGCAAGCGAGGGCGAGGAAAGCGCCGCAUUGAGUUCGGAUGAGCGCAUACCUACCCGUCAGAGACUUCCUUUGUGCCAGUGGUUGAGCGCCAAGU